AUGAUUCAACACAAGAAAUUGAGAAUCGCCGUCAUCCCUGGAGAUGGAAUCGGCGCCGAGGUCAUGCCCCACGGCGUGCGGUGUCUCCAAGCGGCGGCAAGGGUAUUCCACCUGGACCUCGAGUUCGAGGAAUUCGACUUUGCGAGCUGUGAAUACUACCGAAAACACGGCGACAUGCUCCCUAAGGACUGGAACGCCACACUGUCCAAAUUUGACGCCAUCUACUUCGGCGCCGUAGGCAUGCCGGACCAGGUCCCUGACCACAUUAGUCUGUGGGGUAGCCUUCUCAAGUUCCGCCGCGAGUUUGAUCAGUACAUCAACUUGCGGCCCGCACGGUUAAUGCCCGGCGUACGCUGUCCCCUCGCAGGGCGGAAACCGGGCGAUAUCGAUUUCUGGAUCGUUCGGGAGAACACCGAGGGAGAAUACAGUAGUAUCGGUGGGAAGAUCUUCGAGGGUACCGACAGAGAAACAGUCAUUCAAGAGACGGUGAUGACCAGGACCGGAGUCGACAGAGUGCUAAAGUACGCGUUCGACCUGGCUCAGAGUCGGCCGAAGAAGCAUCUCACAAGCGCUACCAAGAGUAAUGGGAUCAGCAUCACGAUGCCUUAUUGGGACACGAGGGUCGAGAACAUGACCAAGUCAUAUCCCGACGUCAAGGUCGACAAAUACCACAUCGACAUCCUGACGGCGCACUUUGUCCAACGGCCGCAGAUAUUUGAUGUCAUCGUUGGGAGCAACCUGUUUGGAGAUAUUCUCUCAGAUCUGGGUCCCGCCUGCACAGGGACAAUAGGCAUAGCCCCGUCCGGAAACAUCAAUCCGACAGGUGAAUUUCCAAGCCUGUUCGAGCCUGUGCAUGGCAGUGCACCUGACAUUGCGGGCAAGGGCAUCGCCAACCCUGUGGGAAUGAUCUGGGCGGGUCAGAUGAUGCUGGAACAUUUUGGCUUCCAGGACGCUGCGGCAGCGAUGCUAAAGGCGAUCGAGAAAGUGCUUUCGCGAGCAGAAGAAAACAUCGUUACGGCGGACAUGGGAGGGAAAGGAACCACAAACAGUUUUGGAGAGGCGAUUGAAAAGGAGAUUUUGGCUCUGGCAUAA